CAGCGAGUUCGGGCGUGCGGACCUGCGGGCGUCGGGUUAAGCGGUGGUAGACCACGGACUCGGAGCCUGAGCUCCAAACCCUGCAGCCGGGACCCCAAGCCCGCACCCCGAACGCGACGCCGCUAUGUACGAUCCCAAGAAUGGCUGGAACCUGUCCUUCGCGGGCUGUGGCUUCCUGGGCUUUUACCAUAUCGGGGUGACCCAGUGCCUGGGCGACCGCGCGCCGCACCUCCUGCGAAACACGCGCAUGUUCUUCGGUGCUUCGUCAGGGUCGCUGCACUGCGUUUCUUUCGUCGCCGGUGUCCCGUCCGCCCAGGUCCUGCAGGUCCUCACGGACCUCGUCCUGAAGGUCAGAAGCCAGAGCCUCGGCAUCCUCCAGCCGUGCUUCAGCAUGAACGAGUUCUUCCGGGAGGCCCUCCACCGGCACCUCCCGGCCAACGUGCACGAGCUCAUCUCCGGCAAAGUCGGCCUCUCGCUCACCCGCGUGUCCGACUGGGAAAACGUCCUGGUGUCCGAUUUCCAGUCCAAAGAGGAGGUCGUGGAUGCCGUGCUUUGUUCCUGCUUCAUCCCUUUCGUCUCGGCCAUAAUGCCUCCCUCCUUCAGAGGCGAGAGGUACGUGGAUGGAGGAUUCACUAACAGCGUGCCCUUCUUUGAUACCAAGACAACCAUCACCGUGUCCCCCUUCUAUGGGGAGUGCGACAUCUGCCCCAAGGCCAAGUCCACGAACUUCUUCCAUGUGGAAGUGUCCAAGCUUAACUUCCACUUCUGCCUGCGGAACUGCCGGCUGGUUUGUGAAAUGCUGUGCCCCCCUGACCUCAAGGUGCUGCGGGAUACCUACCUGCAGGGGUACUUGGACGCGGCCAGGUUCUUGGAAAAAAACGGCCUUGGCGACAGGCCCCUGCCUCGGUGCCCAAGUCUGUCCCCGGAAGAGCUGGAGGUUGUCGAGGGGCCCCGGGACACCAGGGGCCUGGAGGCCCCCUGGGAGGGAGCUGGCUGGCGGACGAGGCCAGAGGGGGACGAGCUGCUGAACCACCUGUGCCACAGCCUGCAGCCCUGGGACCAGGGCGUCCUGCAGACAGUGUCGCCCGAGCUCACCGAAGUGCUGAGCAAGAUGGUUAAAGCCAGAGGCGGCUACCUGAGCAAGAUCUGCAGCUCCCUGCCGGUAAGGGCCCUGACCUACGCGGUGCUGCCCUGCACGCUGCCCGUGCAGUCCGCCGUCGCUGCGGUCCACAGGCUGGUGACGUGGCUUCCUGAUGCCCCGGACGACGUCCAGUGGCUGCAGUCCCUGGCCGGCCAGGCUUGUUCCCGGGUGACUUCGCGCCUGUUCCCGGCCUGCAGGUAGCCCGUCUGCCCGGAUCCAGCGAACACCCCUCUCGUCUGGUCUGGCUGCGGGUACCGUUCUGGAAACACCGUUGAGUGUCCGAUGGGUGGCAGGUGACGAGGAGCCUAGCCCGCAGCGCAGGGGGCCCUGUCACACGUGGGGCUGCUGAGUCCGUCAGCAUCUGCUGGAAGCUGAGCAAGACCCGUGCACAUAGGGGGCUGCAGACUCAGAGCGGGGAUGGGAACACCCGGUUAGGGGGGGAGAGCCGAGAGGGGCCGAGGGGGCUGGCGUGGGCAGGGGUGUCAGGCGGCCCUGCUGCGCCUCCGCCUCCGGGAAGCCGCCCCGGGUGCCGGCACCUGUAGCUCGGGGCAGGGUGCUAGGCAGCGCUUCCGGAAGCCUGGCGGGUGUCACGCUCAUGCUGACUCCCUUCCGACCUCAGACCGGCCGAGUCCCGGGCUCGUGGUGGCACCCUGCGGCUCGCAUCGUGACGUGGCCGCUGACCCCGCCGCUCCGGACUCUGCAGCUGGUCCGGAACAAGGAGGGCCUGGUGGCGGUCACGAGGGUUGGAGCCCCUCCUGGAAAUCGCGGGCCCGGCCCUCUCGCCUGUUCCCCUGGGGCACUCCUCACUGGGUUUCCGUGAGGCUCCGGGGGCCCCCGGCCCAGUGCGGAUGGGUGGUGGGUGCUUGGGAGAGGGGUCUCAGUGGUUACUGCUGUUGGCAGGUGUAGAAGGGUUUCGGGUACGGGCGGUGGGACCCGGUUUGCAUGGGAAUGACCGCAGGGACCUUGGGGGAAGCCUGAGUUUUUGAGUUAUUCCAGGAGGCAAGUCUAGGACGUUUUUGCAGCGGGGGGUGG